UAACUGCAUCUUUCUCUCUCCUGGAAUGUUCUGUCCUCUCUGCCCAUAAAUAUUCCUGUCUGAGUGGUGGUGGCUGUCCAUGUGUCUGUCAGAACAGCUUCCCUCCUUACAGCAAACUAAACAUGCAGUUUCUACUUGAAGACUCCAGGUCCGGCAGAAAUCUGUGUCCACGUCUCAGCUGCUCAGCUCAGUGCCCUGUGCGUGUGCUGGCAGAAUUCUUAAAAUAUGAACUUGGGAGGCAGGAAGGGAACUUGCUUUCUGCACAAGUGCCUCAAAGCAGGGUCCCAUCCAGUCUGAUUGCAGACCGUCUCCUAAAGAACUUCCUCGUCUUCCCUGCACAUGGAUUCACUUCUUGUCUCUCCUGUCUUUCCCUCCCGCUUCUUUUCCUUUUUCUCUCCCCUUUCUUUACGAAACCCCACAGUAAAUGUUCCGAGCUGGAAGAAGAGUUGAAGAAUGUCACCAACAAUCUCAAGUCUCUUGAGGCUCAGGCUGAGAAGUACUCUCAAAAAGAGGAUAAAUACGAAGAAGAGAUCAAGAUCCUGACUGAUAAACUCAAAGAGGCGGAGACCCGUGCUGAAUUUGCUGAACGGUCUGUAGCCAAGCUGGAGAAGACCAUUGAUGAUUUGGAAGAUGAGCUCUAUGCCCAGAAACUGAAGUACAAAGCAAUUAGUGAGGAACUGGACCACGCCCUGAAUGACAUGACUUCCAUUGCCCGAAGAGCUCUUCAUGAACAGAGUUUUGAUGAAAUGGGACACCUCCCGUGGUUUCCUCAGCCUGUCUGUCCAGUGUCCCAGCGUGUGGAUCUCUUCAGUGAUAAGGGUGGGCUCACCUUUGGAGUAAAGCCUACCUAGAGCGCUAGUUGCUGAUCUGAGCUCUCCUCCUGGCUUAAGGAACAUAUAAACUGAAAUCCACCAAAGAGGAGCAUCUCUGCACGCAAAGAAUGCUGGACCAGACCCUGCUAGACCUGAACGAGAUGUAAUGGAUCCCUGCCACUGCCUCUGCCACACGAUGCCUGGGGGGGCCAGCCCAGCCGCUGCUGACCUCUAACCCUUGGGGACCAGAGUUUACUUUCUGUUGCCAACUUGACCAAACACAAAUCUUCUCCUUCGCCUCAGGGUUAAAGGCCAUCAGGUUGGGCAGAGCUUCAAACAGCGUUAUUAAGGGAAAUAAACAAUGCAAUAAUGU